AAGCCACUCCCAUCACUUGACACAACAAACUCUAAUAAGAAAUAAGAAAUAAAAUCAACUAAACCUUAUUUCCCAUUCCCCUCAUGGCUUCAAUCUCAGGCAUAUGCUCAUCCUCCCCAACUCUCAACCACUCCACCCCAAAACGACGCCGCACCCCACUCCUCCCUUCCUCCUCAUUCCCCUCUAAACCCUCCCCGCCUCGCUCCCUCGCGCGUGAGACCCCCGCGCCGCAACAACAACAACAACAACUCUCCGCAGUAACAAAACCACUCCACGCCGGGCUCGAGAAGGAGCCACGCGCCCUAUGGCGGCGCUACGUGGAGUGGCUCUACCAGCACAAGGAGCUGGGGCUCUACCUUGACGUGAGCCGGGUCGGGUUCUCCGACGACUUCGUCCGCGAAAUGGAGCCCCGCUUCCACGCCGCGCUCCGCGCCAUGGAGGACCUCGAGAAGGGUGCCAUCGCCAACCCCGACGAAGGGAGAAUGGUGGGGCACUACUGGCUCAGGGACUCUGCUCGGGCGCCCACCUCGUUCCUUAAAUCGCAGAUUGAUAACACGCUCGUCGCCAUUUGCACCUUCGCCGACGACGUCGUCACCGGUAAGAUUAAGCCGCCAUCGUCGCCGGAGGGGAGGUUUACGCAGAUACUUUCCGUGGGGAUUGGAGGUUCCGCGCUUGGACCGCAGUUUGUGGCGGAGGCACUGGCUCCGGAUAAUCCUCCACUCAAGAUAAGAUUUAUUGACAACACGGAUCCUGCUGGAAUUGAUCACCAGAUUGCGCAACUUGGUCCUGAGCUAGCUUCCACACUUGUGAUCGUAAUUUCGAAGAGUGGAGGUACCCCUGAGACUAGAAAUGGCUUAUUGGAAGUUCAGAAAGCCUUUCGUGAAGCUGGAUUGAGUUUCCCAAAACAGGGCGUUGCUAUAACUCAAGAAAAUUCUUUGCUGGAUAACACUGCAAGAAUUGAGGGUUGGUUAGCUAGAUUUCCAAUGUUUGACUGGGUGGGAGGUAGAACAUCAGAGAUGUCUGCAGUGGGCCUGCUUCCAGCAGCCCUUCAGAGCAUUGACAUAAGAGAAAUGCUUGCUGGUGCAGCAUUAAUGGAUGAGGCGAAUAGGAGUACUGUGAUAAGGAAUAAUCCUGCAGCUUUGCUGGCUUUAUGUUGGUAUUGGGCUACAGAUGGUGUAGGAUCAAAAGAUAUGGUUAUCCUUCCAUAUAAGGACAGCUUGUUAUUAUUUAGUAGAUACUUGCAACAGUUGGUCAUGGAAUCUCUAGGCAAGGAGUUUGACUUGAAUGGUAAUCGGGUUAAUCAAGGAAUUAGUGUCUAUGGAAAUAAAGGAAGCACAGAUCAGCAUGCCUACAUUCAGCAACUGAGGGAAGGUGUGCACAAUUUUUUUGUGACAUUCAUUGAGGUGCUACGCGAUAGACCACCUGGUCAUGAUUGGGAGCUUGAACCAGGUGUCACAUGUGGUGACUACCUGUUUGGUAUGCUACAGGGAACAAGGUCAGCCCUGUAUGCCAAUAACCGUGAAUCCAUCACUGUCACAGUGCAAGAAGUGACACCCAGAUCAGUUGGUGCCCUUGUAGCCCUUUAUGAACGGGCCGUUGGAAUAUAUGCUUCGCUUGUUAACAUAAAUGCUUAUCACCAACCUGGUGUGGAAGCUGGUAAGAAAGCAGCAGGAGAAGUGUUAGCACUUCAGAAACGGGUAUUGGCAGUACUCAAUGAAGCAAGCUGCAAGGAGCCUGUUGAACCAUUAACACUUGAAGAAGUAGCUGACCGUUGCCAUGCCCCAGAAGAUAUUGAAAUGAUUUACAAGAUCAUUGCUCAUAUGGCUGCCAAUGACAGAGCACUAAUUGCUGAAGGUAACUGUGGUUCUCCGAGGAGCAUCAAGGUUUUUCUUGGGGAGUGUAAUCUUGAUGAAUUGUACGCUUGAGUAGUAGAUUAAUGAAAUCCUCAUUCCAUAAUGGUAUUAUAAGUUGUUUUGGUUGUUGGAUCUCUCCAUCUACAAUGAAGAUGAUUUUUUUUUCUUCUUUAAAUUUAAAUUUAUUUGGACGGACUUUUUUGAAAGGGUAGUUGAGUUUUGGUGA